AUGGAAAAGUGCAUAUUCGGCGCAUAUUCGGCUGAUUCCGGAUGUCGAAAACGGAGCUUGUACAAUGGCACGAAAGGGUUCACUAACCCUGGCGUUACGACAGGAGUGGAUACGUUUCGACCGUACAACUCUGAGCGAUUCAGGCAGAAGCCACUUCUCUCUUACGCACUGACAGUGAGUCUCCUCAGACUCAUUUCAUAUGGUCUCAUCAUGCUGACAGUGAAACGCAAUCGCACAAGACACAAGCAGCAAUCAAGCAAGAUGCAAUCUUUCGACCUCACCACCGCUCGCCUCGCUGUCGUCACAGUCGAUCCCAAGGUUCAAAAGGGUCGAACAUGUGGACCUGGAUCUCUGCCUCGUUCGCGCCAGACCAAGAUGGCCAGUGCUCCGAAGGCCGUCGCAGCGCCGCCCUUGACGAGGGCUGCGCGCACCCUCUCGCUUUCGGCCAUUCCUCUUCCUGUCAGGAAGGAAGAUCUCGCGAACCGCCUCGGAACGCCCACGAACAAGGUUAAGUCUGGUUCCGUCGGGGUCAAUAAAGCAGCCGAAGGUCCUAUGCCAGCCUCAACGGUCGACGACAUGCUAUCCAAGUCUCUUGCUCACACCUUACCGCCGUCCAUACCGCUUCCGCCUGUGCCGAAGAGCCUGUCUCCCAUUGCCGCGAAUGCAAAGCUGUUCAUCGCCGCAGCCUAUAAGUCACAGCAGACCCGUGCCAUUGCCAAGAUCGCUCGUGGAACACGUCAGCGUCGUGCCUUCACUGCCAACAAGGAGAAUGUACCGUCCUUCGCGCGUCCAACCAGGAGUUCCGUCACUCGUGCCCCCAGCAAUGUCGAUUUGACGGCUCAGGCCGAGUCCCCCAAGCCCGCCGUUAGCCGUCCGCUCUUCGGAGACGCGCGCAGCCGCUCUAUUGCUCCCAGCGUGACUUACGGACGUGGGAUCACGCAUCCGGCACAGGCGCAGAAUGUCACUGCCCGGGCUACUCAUUUCAACCCUGUCGAUUCCGAUGCACCUGUUCGCAAGAUGGCGAAGACACCCAAGGAAACGGCUGUAAGCACGAAGAAUUCAGAUAUUAGUAUCAAGACCAUCCAGCACAUCGUUCCAGCGUUCAAGGUUGAGCUCACCUCCGGCGGCAACACUCAGUCUACCGUUGCUGAUAUGGAUUUAACACCGAUCCUGAACGGCACGCAGUUCCCCACGGCACCCGAAUGGAUGUACGCCGCCUCAUUGUCUCGUUUCCCAGCCCCAAAACCCGCUUCAACAAAGGGCGCAACGGCUGAUAGGCAGAUGCAGGCGGACCAUGCGAUCCGCCCGGCGGCUAUGCAGCCAGGAUGGGAAAAGACGUUGCGCGCGGGGCCGUCGAGAAGAUUCUCACCAACAUCGUUGGAUGUGCAGGAAGACAAGGAGCGCUCGCGCCUGCAGGAGGUUCCCCAGUCUUCAUCUGUCAAGGCUACCGUCACUUCGCCCAAGGCAUGCCCGUUCCCCUCCCCUGCCUCCGUUCUCCCUAGCGCAGAGCCCACGCGUGCUAUCAGUGCUUGCUCUCGUGAUGCUACCCCGAUCGUUCCACACUCACCCACAGCUGCCUGGUGGAAGCGUGGCUUGGUCUCAUGCUCUCCAGCCCUCGUUGACGCGAAGGACUCUAGUGCCGCGCCUCUCUCCUGCGGCAACAAGAUAUCUGUCCAGAAUGGUGCCUCUAGCAAACAUGUAGGUCUCAGUUUGAAAGAAGUCCCGACUCCGUGCGAUGCUCCCAUGAAGAUCGUCGAGUUCUUCACCCUGUCCGGCGACGCUUCCGCGGAUUCGGUCAGUGAGGCGGGCCAGCAGCUCGCAGUCCUUGUGGUACAAGUAGGGGGAGAAAGCGGUAGGAUGAUCACUUUGACCUCCUCAGAGGACAAGAUCUUCCACGAGCUGGAGGAUUUGCGAGUCCGCCUCACCACCCAUACUUUUGAACCGGCCAGCAUUCAAGCGGUUAACGCUGACGAGAACAAAAUCACCCGUACGCUGCCGGACAUUCUGAAGACCGAGCCAACGCCCACGUACUCGAAUGCAGAGGAGGCCGAGAAGAGCGAGGACCGCAGCCGUGAAACCGCGCACGUUAAGGCGAUCUCGAAUGUCAAGUACUGCCAAGACACGUCUUCCCAGACCGUGGUUGACAACGACUUCGAAGAUGCGGUCCUCAAGACUACGGCUGCUCGCCAUGUCCUGAGGAAUUGCGACAUCAAGGCCGCAGCAUCAUCCCUUCACUCAGGCGAGACAGCCGAUAUCGAGCACGUCGUGGCGCCUGCCCGCAGGUUUGUCGGCCCUUCGUAUUCGCUUAAUACGAGCAGCAAAGCAGUUCAUUCACCAAUGUUCACCACAUCCGCCAUUGCGGUACACCAGACUCAUGCACUUGAACAGACAAACGACCUCAAUCGACCCAAGAAGCGUCCGCGAUACAAGGCUCUCUACCCCUGGGCCCACUCACUCACCGCGGAUCUUUGGCUCACAGACAUCUUCUCCCUCAAGCAGCAAUUCCAACAGCGUCCGCUAUUUCGACGCUGCCUCAGUGUCUACGUCGUCGGGCGUGACUCCCCCAUCGACACCCACUUCUUCCGGAGCAUUCAGGACACCAAGCGACUCCUCUUUCAACGACUCGAGCUAUGCGUCGAGCGAAUACUCGGUUUCAUCGUCGGUGCCAUCCCCUUCCACAGCGACUUCUAG